CACCACCAUUCCCCUCCCCUCCCCUCCCCGCAGGACCCCCGCCGCCGCCGCCACGCCGGCGACCCGCCCUCGCCCUCCGCCGCGCCCCACCAACCGGGCUUCUCCUCCUCCUCCCCGACCCCGAGCUCCUCCUCUGCCCCGGCGACCCAAAGGUUAUCAAAAGAUCCUUCCUGGAAAUGGAAAAUAGUUCAGACGACGAUUCGGAAAUUAGCGAUUCUGAGAUUGAUGAGUAUGAAGGCAAAUUUCAUGCCCGCUUGGUUUCAGGAGAUUUAAAGUUCAGGAAUGGUGAUAGUUACAGCUGCCCAUUCUGUACUGGCAGGAAGAAUAAAGAUUACAACAUGCAAAGCCUUCUUCAGCAUUCCUCAGGAGUAGGUGCAGCACCUAAUCGACCGGCAAAAGAUAAAGCAUCGCACCGCGCCCUUGCCAAGCAUUUGAAGAAUGGCGUUGCUAAGCCUUCUGAGCCGCAGCAGCCGCAGCAAAUUGCUAUAGAGCCGCAGCAGCUGCAGCAAAUUGCUAUAGAGCCGCAGCAGCCGCAGCCUCUUCCAAACAGACAUGAGAAGUUUGUGUGGCCCUGGAUGGGAGUUCUAGUUAAUGUACCUACUGAAUGGAAGGACGGGCGUCAAGUUGGAGAAAGUGGAAAUCGUUUGAAGGGGGAAUUAUCGCAAUUUUGCCCACUGAAGGUUAUUCCUUUAUGGAAUUUUCGAGGUCAUACAGGGAAUGCUAUUGUUGAGUUUGCAAAAAACUGGAAUGGUUUCAGAAAUGCACUUGCGUUUGAAAAGUACUUUGAGGCAGGAGGUUGUGGCAGAAGGGACUGGAAGCAAAACCAGAAUCAAGGGUCAAAGCUUUGUGGAUGGGUUGCAAGGGCUGAAGACUACAAUUUUCCGGGGCUAAUUGGGGACCACUUAAGGAAAAAUGCUGACUUGAAAACUAUCGAUGAUCUUGAGAAUGAAGGAACACGUAAAAAUAAUAAACUUGUAGCUAAUUUAGCUAACCAAAUUGAGGUCAAGAAUAAGUAUUUACAGGAGCUUGAACUUAGAUACAAUGAGACAACUGUGUCACUUGAGAAAAUGAUGGGGCAAAGGGAACAACGUCUCCAGGCGUAUAAUGAAGAAAUUCGGAAGAUGCAGCAGCUAGCUCGCAGACAUUCUGAAAAGAUUAUUGAUGAGAACCAAAAUCUGCGUUCGGAACUGGAGUCCAAGAUGAGUGAACUUAAUGCAAGAUCCAAAGAGCUUGAUGACCUUGCUGCAAAAAGUUCUCAUGACAAAAGUAAUCUUGAGCAGGAGAAGCAGAAGAAUGCUAUUAAAUCAAACCAUCUUAAGUUGGCAACAGCGGAACAACAGAGAGCUGAUGAGGAUGUGGUGAAGCUUGUGAGAGAUCAGAAGAGAGAGAAAGUUGCUGCUUUAAACAAGAUCCUGGAGUUAGAACAGCAGCUGGAAGCAAAACAGACGCUUGAAUUGGAAAUACAGCAGCUGAAGGGCAAAUUGGAAGUGAUGAAGCAUAUGCCAGGUCAUGAAGAUUCAGUCUCGAAGGAUAAAAUCAAUGAACUUAGUGAGGAGCUGCAAGAUAAGAUGGAUGAACUGGAUGCUAUGGAGUCACUUAACCAAACUCUGGUUAUUAAAGAAAGCAAAAGCAAUACUGAGAUGCAAGAAGCUCGGAAGGAGCUGGAAAAUGGCUUGCUUAAUCUUCCAGGUGGCCGAGCACAUAUAGGGAUCAAGAGAAUGGGCGAGCUUGAUCUGAAAGCAGUUUCAAAUGUUCUCGGACAGAAGUUGUCGAAAGAGGAUGCAGAAGUUACUGCUGCCAUUCUUUGUUCAAAGUGGGAGGCAGAAAUAAGGAAUCCAGAAUGGCACCCUUUUAGGGCUGUCAUGGUUGAUGGAAAGGAAAUGGAAAGAAUCAAUGCUGACGACGCAAAGCUUCGAGAACUAAAAGACGAGCACGGCGAAGAAAUAUAUUCGCUGGUGAUCAAGGCGCUGCGUGAGUACAAUGCCAACAGCACCAGGUAUCCCGUGGGAGAGCUGUGGAACUUCAGGGAAGAACGCAAGGCGUCUCUCAAGGAAGCUGUCCAGGUGGUCCUGCGACAGUGGCGAGCCAACAGGAGGAAGCGUUGAUGAGCCCAACCAAACAAUGUCGCUUCUUUCCUCCUGGUAUGGACAGCAGAAGCAUCAGUGUUGUCGUUUGAUUGAUAAAUCUCUAGUGACCAUCUGCCCCAUGUUGGACACAAGUUGAAUAAUGAAUAAUGAAUAGUCCUGUUGUUGCAGUAGUAGUAGUAGCAUUAGUGAAGUCUCUGUCUAUCCAUGUGUGUAAACAAGCUUGAAUAAAGGCUUGCGGUAGUAUCAGCACCUGCAAGCACGCCAUCGGCCCGAUCAUCGAUGUCUGUUGGUAAGCGCCGUUGUAUGCUUUAUUGUCUAAGUUGCUGAUAGUAAUUCAGAGGAUUGUUUGUUUGUUGUCUAAAUGAAUAAUGGCAUCCCAUACAAGUUUAGAUA